AUGAUUGUGUUAGUGAUCGUCCUGUGCAUCACGGAUGGAGUGCUCGCUCAGAUACGCUACUCUGUGCCGGAGGAGGCGGACCAUGGCACCUUGGUGGGGAAUAUCGCCGAGGACCUGGGACUGGACCUCACCAAGCUGGCCUCCCGCCGGUUCCAGGUCGUGCCCAGCUCUCGCACGCCCUACCUGGAGGUGAACUUGGAGAACGGCGUCCUGUUCGUGAGCGAGAAGAUCGACCGGGAGCAGAUCUGCAAGCAGAGCGUCAGCUGCCAGCUCAACAUGGAGGUGUUCCUGGAGAACCCGCUGGAGCUGUUCCGGGUGGAGAUCGAGGUGGUGGACAUCAACGACAACCCGCCCAGCUUCCCGGAGACGGACAUCACGGUGGAGAUCUCGGAGAGCGCCACCCCGGGCACCCGCUUCCCCCUGGAGAGCGCCUUCGACCCGGACGUGGGCUCCAACGCGUUACGCACAUACGACAUCACCACGAACAACUUCUUCUACCUGGACGUGCAGACCCAAGCGGACGGGAACAAGUUCGCCGAGCUGGUCCUGGAGAAGCCGCUGGACCGGGAGCAGCAGGCGGCGCACAGGUACGUGCUGACCGCGGUGGAUGGCGGGCAGCCUCCGCGCACCGGCACCGCGCUGCUGGUGGUCAAAGUGCUGGACUCCAACGAUAACGUCCCGGUGUUCGACCAGCCCGUCUAUACGGUGAGCCUCCCGGAGAACGCGCCGGUGGGCACGCUGGUCCUGCAGCUGAACGCCACCGACCUGGACGAGGGGCUGAACGGGGAGAUAGUCUACUCCUUCAGCAACCACAUCUCCAGCCGCGUGAAGGACUUGUUCAGCAUGGACCCGCGCACCGGGCGCAUCGAGGUGCGCGCCGAGGUGGACUUCGAGGAGAGCGGCCUCUACCAGAUCUUCGUCCAGGCCAAGGACAUGGGGCCGAACGCCGUGCCCGCGCACUGCAAAGUGCUGGUCAAAGUCCACGACCUGAACGACAAUGCCCCGGAGAUCAGCUUCAGCACCGUCACCGAGUCGGUGAGCGAGAAGGCGGCCCCCGGCACCGUGAUCGCGCUGCUGAGCGUCACGGACCGCGACGCGGAGGAGAACGGUCAGAUCGACGUGGAGAUCCUCGGUGACGUCCCGUUCAAAUUAAAAUCCUCCUUCAGGAAUUAUUUCACCAUCCUGACGGACGGCCCGCUGAACCGGGAGCUGGCGGAGUCCUACUCGGUCACGGUGGUGGCGCGGGACAAAGGGUCCCCCUCCCUCACCACCAGCAAGUCCAUCCGAGUCCAGGUGUCCGACGAGAACGACAACGCGCCCACUUUUACGCAGAGCAUAUAUGAUGUGUAUGUGACAGAGAAUAACGUGCCAGGGGCGUACAUCCACGCGGUGACGGCUCUGGACACGGACAUCGGGCAGAACGCGCUCAUCAGCUACUCCAUAUUAGAGUGUGACAUCCAGGGCAUGUCGGUGAAAACCUACGUGUCCAUCAACGAGGAGACGGGCUACCUGUACGCGCUCAGGUCCUUCGACUAUGAGCUGCUGAAGGAUUUCACUUUCAUGGUCCAAGCCAAAGACGCGGGCACCCCGGAGCUCUCCUCCAACGCCACAGUCAAAGUCAUCAUCGUGGAUCAGAACGACAACGCUCCGCUGGUGUUGGCCCCCCUGGGAAAGAACGGCACGGCCCGGGAGCCGCUGCCCCGCUCCGCCGAGCCGGGCUACCUGGUGACCCGCAUCGUGGCCAUGGACGCGGACGACGGCGAGAACGCGCGGCUCUCCUACAGCAUCCAGCGGGGGAACGAGAACGGCAUGUUCCGGAUGGACUGGAGGACGGGCGAGCUACGCACGGCGAGGAGGGUCUCGGUCAAGCGGGACCCCCACCAGCUGUACGACCUGCUGAUCGAGGUGAGAGACCACGGCCAGCCGCCGCUGUCCUCCAGCGCCAGCGUGAUGGUCGUGCUGGUGGACAGUGUGGCGGAGGGCCACGGCAGCGGGGACAGGGGGGGCGCUGCCAAGGCCAAGGAGGGCACCCUGGACCUCACCCUGAUCCUCAUCAUCGCCCUGGGCUCCGUCUCCUUCAUCUUCCUCCUGGUCAUGAUCGUGCUGGCCGUGCGCUGCCAGAAGGACAAGAAGCUCAACUUCUACACCUGCCUGAGCAGCGAGUGCUGCCUGGGCUGCAGCUCCUGCUGCUCGCACCAGGGCCGGGCGCGCAAGAAGAAGCUCAGCAAGUCGGAUAUCAUGCUGGUGCAAAGCGCUGUUAACGUGAGUGGACCCAGUUCCACUCAAGUCCCCGUGGAGGAGUCCGGGAGCUUCGGCUCCCACCACCAAAACCAGAACUAUUGCUACCAGGUAUGUCUGACUCCAGAGUCUGCCAAAACCGACCUCAUGUUCCUAAAGCCGUGUAGUCCCUCUAGGAGCACAGACACCGAGCACAACCCGUGCGGGGCCAUAGUCACAGGGUACACAGACCAGCAGCCUGACAUCAUAUCAAACGGCAGCAUUUUAUCAAGCGAGACCAAACACCAACGAGCUGAACUCAGCUACCUGGUCGACAGGCCAAGACGUGUCAACAGCUCGGCGUUCCAGGAGGCCGACCUGGUGAGCUCCAAAGACAGUGGCCACGGAGACAGCGAGCAGGGAGACAGCGACCACGACGCCACUAAUCGAGGCCAUUCCUCAGGUGCUGAUCUGUUCUCUAACUGCACGGAGGAGUGCAAGGCCCUGGGCCACUCCGACCGCUGCUGGAUGCCGAGCUUCAUGCCCUCCGACGGGCGCCAGGGGCCGGACUACCGCAGCAACCUCCACGUGCCUGGCAUGGACUCUGUCCCCGACACAGAGGUAUUUGAAAGCCCAGAGCAAACGGCCGAUAAGUCAUUCUCCACCUUUGGCAAAGAGACACACCACCACAGCUCCUUAGAGAGGAAAGAGUUGGAGGCAUUUCUGCCUAGCUCCAGAACACCUUGUAACCCGGCUCAUUUGACGAGGAAAAGGGUUUGCUAG